CAUUCCAGUCGAGGAGUCCCUGGAAGCAUAUAUCAUACCGGAUCCAUAUGGGGUCCUCGAGGAGGGGCAAAUACAUUUUUGCUCUUCAGAACUAAUCACUGACCCCGAAAGCGGAGCCCGGAUGAAUACUGUGACUGAGCCUGUUCUGGUGUGGAGAAAUCCCACAAGACUCCCUUCCGAUGUCACCAAUACCUCGUUGGAUGAUCUUUAUCAGAUAUGGAUCAGGUCACUGCUGUCAGCUACCCAAAAUUGGAUAAAUACUUCGAUAUCAUCGUGUUCCCUGUGAAGGGAGAGCGCUCAUUGGCAAGCUACUUGGGUGGAGGAGAUUAUGAUGGAGACACGGUCACGUUGGUCUGGUCCAAACAGCUUGUCGAAAACUUCAAUACCGCUCCACUGUGUAUGGCGCCUGCAGGUUUGAGUGACAACUUUGAGCGAGAAGUUGAACAUGUUGAGAAAUUUAACGAACGAAUAUCCAAUCUCUCUCCAAAGGAGGCUCAAACUGCGUUCCAGAAGGCCCUCCUUCUUGGACUCGCAGACACAAAAAUCGGAUUAUAUUCGAAGUUUCAUGACCUCGCCGUGUAUGAGCGCGGCUAUGCAAGUGCUGCCACCAUUCAACUGGCAUACAUGUUCACUACCUGCCUCGAUGCGAGCAAGACGGGGCUCCAGGUUAAACGCCGUGUCUUCGAAGAAGAUCGCAAAAAUAACGGAAAACGUAAACCGUACUACAUGGCCGCACUCGAACAGAACACCGAGGGCCAAGAGGUUUCGAAACGCAAGGGCUCGACGCCCUACCUUCUCGACGCCCUUGUUGACGAGGGCCGUCGUCUCCGCGACGACUUCCUCAAACAGUAUUCCGUCCUCCGGAGUUCUUCCCCCAGUGCUGCAGACCACGACCUUACCUUACCCUACCUCUGUGCGUCUCGUAGGGCAGCAGAAGCUCUCCAAGCUGGUUCUCACGUUCUGCAAGACAACUUGAGCGUUGCCCAAGCCCAUGUCAAGGAAGCACAUGGGAAGUGGCAAGCCGCCGUUUCUCUCCAGAAGAAGGCUUCAGAAGGGAGGGGGUCUUCGGAUCCAAAGACACAAGCGAUCCAAAAGUCAGUACAACACUUUGCACAGUGGCCAGACUCGAAGAAGAUAUUAUUUUUUUCUGACGAGGAACGCAAAACCAUCAUGGCAUCUUAUGCACACACUCUUAGUGGUUCGUUCGGCGUCUCCGUUGCAUUCGCAGAGCUCUGCGCCAUCAAGACGCGAGCUCAAGGUGCUGUGCUUUUUGCAGAUAGAUUCGCAGAAGUGAUGUGCAUAUCUAACAAUACCCUACGUGCCCUUUCACAAGCACAGGAUGACGCGGAUGAGUGAAAUUUUGCAUCUCUGUCCGUCGUACAUACUUCACCAU